AUGCGGGUGUACUUCAGAAAGUCGGAACAAACUGAAAUACCGACACCGUGUGUGGGUGUGCUUCGUUUAACGAAAGAGCGGCAGUCCAUCAAGUGGGAGAGGGACGCUGCUAUACAGUGUGAAGAGUGCAGCACCACUCAGAGUUCGUGGGAACUGCACAGUAGUGGUCAGAUCGAAGCGCGCGCGCGCCUGCCCAAUGCACGCAUUAUUAUUUUAUGGACAGCUCUGUCACUGGCGCUCGGGUAUGAAAUCCAAGGUCAAAUCAUCAGAGGAGUGCCAUGCGUGAAGCGAAACUUUCAACUUUAUUGUCCAACGGCUGGCAACACUUAUCCCUUAGACAAAAUCGAAACGUUCAUCGAUGAGAACAAAGCUUUAAUAAAACGCAUGUACGGCUCAUUCACUAUGCCCGGCGGGAGCAGAGUACGGAGGGCGCCAGGUGUGCCAGACUUGCAUGCGGGUAUACCGGACUCGCAUUCAGGGGACUCGUACUUCAGGCAUGUGAGGCAGGCAAAACCUCCGCUGCCGGAUGCGCAGUCGGUGAAUAGUACCGGCAGAAUAGACGCCUGCGAAAGUAAAACAGAAAUUAUGACACCAUAUUGGGCGCUAAAUUCUGGCCGGAAGUUACGUGCAAUAGUCAACACUAUGCAUUUUGAGCAAGCGAUACAUCAAGAAGUGUGCAGCAAACAAUCAACUUCAAGAUGUUCCGGAGACUGCGGCUGUGAACAGAAGUACAAAUGGCAUCGCCUCCUCGCUUACGAUCCCAGUGACGACUGCGCGGGAAUAUUCAUGGAUUGGUUCUUAUUCCCUUCAUGUUGUGUGUGCCGCUGUAAACCUUAAACUAUAUGACAAUAGACAAGUUAUGGACUGUCCUGUAACGGUGUGAUACUCGUAAUAAUGUAACGAUGGAAAACGUAAAUAAACUGUACACGUGUUCAGAAAAAUUCCUGCGUGCCAGCUCAUUUUUAUUGACAAUUUGUCCAAAUUUAAUUUUUGCAAAUUUAAUUUAUAUAAAUGAUGUUGUUCUGAUAUUCAAGAAUAAUAAAAAGUUGAUGUCAAUUACAUGAGAUUCGAAUGAAGUAUAAUCUUUUAAACGAUUUUUUUUUUCACUCUAUUAGUUGAACGAGUGUAACUUGUGAUUUUGUAACAACUCGCAUUUAGAAGUUCCACAUUUGCAUAUCGUAUAACGUAUUCAUUGCAACAUAUUUCUCAGGGUAAGUUACGUAAGUUGAAUGCUUUAUUACUGAUAAUUUCCGGUGUUUAAAGUUUAGUUUUAACUACUUCUAAAACAAGCAGCCAUUAAACUUGGUCAAGGCAAUAAUUGAACAAAUUUUAUAAAAGUACAUUGACAUAUUUACGUGUUUAAAUACAAAUUAUUACACAGUACUUGUUCUAAAAAUUUUGAUUUACAGUGUAUUCUGUGGAUGACGCUGAUUUUUUACUCUGUGACAAAAUCAGCAUCUCAUAAAAAUUAUUUAAUUUUAGUCAAAUGGUUUUAUAAGUUCCAAUUGUAUCUCAUAUUAUGUUUAUUAUACCUUUAUAAUUGUUGUAUAUGAGUAUUAUUUUUCUUAUGAACAUUAUAUUUUUAUCCUUGUGAUUUUUGUGAAUCUCAUAUGAUCUUAUGAAUUGUAUACCUUGAUACUAUUAGUGUUCAUUAGUUUAUAAAUUCUUGUAAUGAUAAAUGGCUACUUAAAUUUAAUUGUGUUGUCUUAUUUUAAAUUAGUUUCGUAGCUAUAUUCUUUAAUUAUUGUAAAUCUCUUAAGCUUAUAUUUUAAAUUUAUUUAAGUAUUUUAAGUGCUUUAUUUCUGUAUUAUAAUAGGUCUACAAAGAUUCAAAAAACCUCUAUAUCUGUCUUCACACAAUAGAUACACUUCAACUGUUCAUAUAUAUUUUUUAAAUAAAUAAUGCAUACAU